AGUGACGCGGCGGGUCUCUAAAAAGGAUCCGCUCAGUCGGUAAAGCGCAGGUCAAACAGCAACACACUCAUCACACACUGACACUUUAUCAUCACCCUUACAACACUGAGACAUGGACUCGGACGAGGGCUACAAUUAUGAGUUUGAUGAAGAAGAGGAGGAGGAAGAAGAGGAAGAGGAGUGCAGCGAGGACAGUGGCGAGGAGGAGGCCGAGGAUGACACACUGGACCUGGGCGAGGUGGAGCUGCUGGACCCCGCCAUGGCCGGAGGAGAGCCCGACGAUUGCGUUGACACCGGCGGCAGCGGCGGCGAAGGCGGCCUGGGGCCUGGCCAGGAGGACGAGGACUACCGCUUUGAGGUGCUGACCACCGAGCAGAUCCUCCAGCACAUGGUGGAGUGCAUCAGGGAGGUUAACGAGGUCAUACAGAACCCAGCUACGAUAACCAGAAUACUCCUCAGUCACUUCAACUGGGACAAAGAGAAGCUUAUGGAGAGGUACUUUGAUGGAAAUCUGGACAAGUUGUUUACAGAGUGCCACGUCAUAAACCCUAGCAAAAAGGCCAAAAUGCGACCAAUGAGCACACGGUCCUCCAGUCAGGAUUUGCCCUGCCAGAUCUGCUAUCUCAACUAUCCAAACUCGUAUUUCACAGGUCUAGAGUGUGGACACAAGUUCUGCAUGCAGUGCUGGGGUGACUAUUUAACUACCAAAAUCAUUGAGGAAGGGAUGGGACAGACCAUCUCGUGUCCUGCUCACAACUGUGACAUUUUGGUUGACGAUAACACUGUAAUGCGACUAAUCACAGAUUCUAAAGUGAAAUUGAAGUAUCAGCAUUUAAUCACAAAUAGUUUUGUAGAGUGUAACAGACUGUUGAAAUGGUGUCCGGCUCCUGACUGCCACCAUGUGGUCAAAGUUCAGUAUCCCGAUGCCAAACCAGUUCGCUGCAAAUGCGGGAGACAGUUCUGUUUCAAUUGUGGAGAGAACUGGCAUGACCCGGUUAAAUGCAAGUGGUUGAGGAAGUGGAUAAAGAAGUGUGAUGAUGACAGUGAAACAUCCAACUGGAUUGCAGCAAAUACCAAGGAAUGUCCCAAAUGUCAUGUGACCAUUGAAAAAGAUGGCGGCUGUAAUCACAUGGUGUGUCGAAACCAGAAUUGUAAAGCAGAGUUCUGCUGGGUUUGUCUCGGCCCUUGGGAGCCCCAUGGCUCUGCCUGGUACAACUGCAAUCGCUACAAUGAAGAUGAUGCAAAAGCAGCCAGAGAUGCUCAGGAGCGUUCGCGUGCAGCCCUGCAGCGCUACCUCUUCUACUGCAACCGCUACAUGAACCACAUGCAGAGUCUGCGCUUCGAGCACAAGUUGUACGCGCAGGUGAAGCAGAAGAUGGAGGAGAUGCAGCAACACAACAUGUCAUGGAUCGAGGUGCAGUUCCUGAAGAAGGCCGUGGACGUGCUGUGCCAGUGUCGGUCCACGCUUAUGUUCACCUACGUCUUCGCCUUCUACCUCAAAAAGAACAACCAGUCCAUUAUCUUUGAGAACAAUCAGGCUGAUUUGGAGAACGCUACAGAGGUGCUUUCGGGUUAUCUAGAGAGAGAUAUCUCCCAGGAUUCUUUGCAAGAUAUCAAACAGAAAGUUCAGGAUAAGUAUAGAUACUGUGAGAGUCGGCGACGAGUGCUGCUACAGCACGUUCACGAGGGCUAUGAGAAAGACUUGUGGGAGUACAUUGAAGACUGAGCAGAACUGCUGCAUCACAAGCGUAUUGGAGCAUAUAAAAGCAGCCAAGUGCUUUGCUGUCGGCCAUCACCGCAGCCCCCCUCCAUCCUUUUUACGUGGCAUCUGGAUUUUUGUUAUUAUUUAGAAGUUAACUUAAUUUUACUGAAAUGAAAAGGUAGAAUAUUCAAAUAAAACUCCUACGUCAGUA